AUAGUGUGUUGCUCGUUAAUCUUUGCAAACUGUUUGACAGCUGUCACAUAGUGACAACUGACAAGGAGUUUGGUGUUGCUGCUCGUUUACCACCUAUACGAACUUGCCACAAAUCCUUAUUACUGUUGCUAAUUAAGACAGCAGAACGCUUUGCAAAGUUUAUCCUACGCCGGGCACAGCUAGAUGUGUCUGGGGCGUACCUACUGCUCAUUCGUGCAACAUGGUAGCGGAACACAAUACGACAACAGUAGCAGGAGAGAAAGACAGUAACAUAUUGUGUUGUUCAGACAAUGCAGAAUUCCAUACAGGACAUACAUCGAAAUCAAUAUUUGACGUUGUAAGAUCUGGUGAUGUCAGUGAUAUAGAGUCCUUAGUUGAGAAGCUGGGUCCAGAGGCACUGAGUACACGAGAUGAAUGGGGAUACACACCUGCUCACUGGGCUGCUCUGGAUGGCAAUGUUGAAGUCAUGCGUUAUCUUGUUGAGCGAUCAGCUCCUGUAGAUCUGUCAUGCCUUGGGACACAAGGCCCCAGACCAAUUCAUUGGGCAUGCAGAAAGGGUCAUGCUGCUGUCGUGCAAGUACUCCUGCAAGCAGGAGUUGCUGUUAAUGCAGCAGACUUCAAAGGUCUCACUCCCCUGAUGACAGCGUGUAUGUUUGGUCGCUCAGCAACUGCAACUUAUUUACUUGGGAUGGGUGCACUGAAUCACCUGACAGACAUUAACGGUGACACUGCUUUGCAUUGGGCAGCUUAUAAAGGUCAUGCUGAUCUCAUACGUCUGUUGAUGCACUCAGGUGUUGAUCUACAAAAACCUGACAAUUUUGGUUCAACUCCUCUUCAUUUAGCUUGUUUAUCAGGAAAUGUAACAUGUGUUAAACUUCUCUGUGAAAAGAGCAAAAUUGAACUAGACCCAAAAGACAAGAAUGGAAAAACACCACUCCAGCUGGCAAAGAGCCACAGACAUAAUGAUAUUGUUCAGAUUCUGUUAGCUGAACAGAAAAGAAGGGCCAAUUGGAUGCCACCAAUUUCAGAGAUAUGGGCUCUUCUGUUUGGAGGAGCAGGGAAUUCUAAAGGCCCUUUGCUACUUUUCAUGGGAUCUGUUCUUCUGUGGGGUUAUCCUAUGUAUCUACUGCGGUGUGUUCCUAUCACAUGGAAUAAACUUCGGGGCUCCCACUAUCUUUUUAUUUACUGGAACAUAGUGAUGUGGAUGAGCUGGGUUAUAGCCAAUCGACGAGACCCAGGAUAUGUUCCAUGUAACACAGAUGCCUACCACCGUGCAAUACAACAGAUAGCUUACUUGGAUAAAUGGCGUAAACGAGCUGUGGCAUCGGUACUGCAGCGUCUUUGCCACACAUGCCGUUGUCUGCGACCAUUACGUGCAAAACAUUGCAGGGUUUGUGGCCGUUGUGUUGAAUAUUUCGACCACCAUUGCCCAUUCAUCUACAACUGUGUUGGGUUACGCAACAGAAUGUGGUUCUUCUUGUUUGUUAUGAGCAUUGCUAUCAAUUGCUCAUUUACAAUAUACUUUGCUUGCUAUUGCAUUGCUGUUGAAGGUUUUGGUAUUUUAUAUGCCUUGGGAUUGAUUGAAGCCCUUGUAUUUUGUGGCCUAGGUUGGAUUCUGACCUGUACUUCUGUACUUCACGCAUGCAUGAACCUAACAACAAACGAAAUGUUCAACUACAAACGGUACUCUUACCUACGAGACAAGAGGGGCCGCUAUCGUAAUCCAUUUUCUCGUGGCCCUUUGCUGAACCUUUUGGAAUUCUUUGUUUGUACACCACAUCAUAGUUGUGAUCAUGAAUUACUUGAAGAAGAAGCUAUCUAAAUGUUAAUUUACUUUUAAACAGAGGACAUAAGUUUUAUGGUCAAUGUAAUGAUGCCAAAGAAAUUAUUAGCUGUGUCAUUCCAGGGUGAAGGCUAUCACCUAAUGUUUAAGCCAGUUAAAUAAUUAUAUUUUUCAUGUGUUACCUUACGUAGUUUCCAAGUAAAUUGUCUUAAGGAAAAAUAAGGAAGGUUAAAUUUCAUGAGCAUAGUGACCAUUGCUUCAAAAUGUAGAAACAAACGAAGGAAAUAGUCAUUUUUUACUCUUUCUACUCUAUGAAAACACAAGUUUAUGUUAGUAUAUUGGUAUGUGCCUAAAUUUUAUAACCUAGUUUGUGAUAUAGUAAAACAAGAUGUUAAAAGUGUGACACUGAAAACUCUUCAUAAUGCCAAAUUAUAAACAAGUCUUUA